UGCUUCAUCGAUAGCAAAAUGUUUUUUUCGUACGUUAAUUAACAAAUUGUGAAUGAAAAGGGAAAGUUUAUUUUACAUCAAAACAUUAAAAAAAUAGUUUAACAUCAAAUAUACAAUAUGGAUAAUGCUGGAGAUCAAAGGAGAAUGCAAUCAAACGGCAAUAAUGCCAGAAAUGAUAAUGCUCUAGAGGAAAAUAUAACAAAGGUGAUAAGAAAAUCUCCUGCAGUUUCGUUGUUGAAUUUGGAUGAUAUGGAGGCGUCACCGAAUGGUAUAACAUCGACAGAUUGGUCACGUUUAUCUCAGUGGAUACAAUGCAUGUGCAUAGUAACGUUUGAUUUGAAUUUGGGCCAGGCUUUGGAAUUUGUUUAUCCCACAGAGUUCAUACCAACAGAACAAGAAGUUACUAAUAUCUGUUAUAUGGCAUUUCCUGAUUCCAAUUCAGGUUGUAUGGGUGAUACCAAAUUUCAUAUGCGUCUGAGAAUGUCUCCAGACACGGGCAGAAUGGCUACGACCAAUCAGUUUCGUUGCUUCAAUAGCGAUUGUCCGCCUGCUUUGAAAGCAGACCAAUCUCAUUAUUGGGGUUUUGUUUACUUUCGCCAAAAACGGGAUCCCAACUUACCUCGAGGCUAUUUUCAAAAAAGUUUUAUUAUUGUGACCCGUCUGCCGUUCUUUAAUCUAUACUAUGAAAUGUUAAGUCUAUUGGCUCAAAAGUAUUUUAAUGAAGGUGAAGAAAUAUUAAAACAAGCCUGCCGACAAAUCAAUACCGAGUGGCCUGCGCUACAGGUGGGUGUCACCUAUAAUUUACCUCUCUUCGAACAGUGUUAUCAAAUUCUAAUACCCCGGGCAAGUAGUCGUAAAACCUCCUCUCACAAUGACAGUCCCGAAAACAGCUGUCCCGAUAAGAUAGCCAUGUACAAACCUAUUUCGGUUAAAGUUAUUGCUUCGGUGAACGAAGUUGAAUUAUUUCAUAGUUUAAGUUUUAUCAUUGAUCAUAUGUAUACAUUGUGGGAAUUGGUUUUAACUGCUGAGCCUAUUGUGGUAGUGGGUACCUCACCGGCCGAUUGUUCACAUAUGGUGCAGACUUUGGUAGCAUUAAUUGCUCCGCUAGAAUAUUGUGCCGAAGCUAGACCCUAUUUUACCAUACAUGAUAGCGAAUUUAAAGAAUUUACACGAGAAUGUGGAAAAGUGCCGCCUUCUUUGAUACUUGGUGUAACUAAUCCUUUUUUUAUAAAACUAUUAAAAGAUUGGCCUCAUAUGCUGCGUUUGGUGGACAAUCAGCUCAAUAUACAAAAACAACAGCAGUUGGCAUUAAAGAAUGCCCGAAACGCCAGCUCUGUAACAUCACUCACCAAUACAGGACCUCUUAAAAUAAACAAUUCUAUACAAUCGACUGCCUCGUCUUCCGCAGGCCUCGCGAACAGUAGCAGUGAAGGAUCAACACAUGGUUUAUACACAAAAUAUAAGCCAUUUUUGAAAAAAGAUAAAACUCUUAUUAAAAAAGUUAUGCUUGGUUUAAAAACUAAAAGACCAGAACAUGUACAAACCGCACUCCUCCGGCGUCAUCUUUUAGAAUUAACACAAAGUUUUAUGAUACCUCUGGAACGUUAUAUGGCAUCUUUGAUGCCACUACAAAAAGAUAUAAGUCCAUUUAAAUCCGCACCAAAUGCAAAUGCUUUUAAACUUGAAGAUUUUCUUGCCACUCUAGAACUUUCGGGUCCACAUUUAACAUCACCUCUAAAGGGCGAUUGGAAGGGUCUAUACCGACGUUUCUAUAAUUCACCUAAUUUUCGUGGUUGGUAUGAUUCACGCCACAAAGAGCUACAACUUACCUUACAGGAUUUACAGCUGCAGGCACUAUCCGAAGCCAACUUAGAACUAUGGGCUCGUGAUAAACAAGAAGUGGAAAUAAUUGACAUGAUUUUAAAACUUAAACAAAAACUGAAUCUCUACAAUGAUAAAUUGGCUAAUGAAACUACAGGAAAUUGGAUUAGUAGUAAUGGUAAUACAGCAAAUAACACUCGUGAUCAAAUACUUGCUCAGAUUAAUUGUAUGAAAGAAUUGCUUCCCAACGAUUUAAAGAACGUCGUCAAUAUAUGAUAAACUGAAUAAAAUGAUUUUGAUUUGUUAUGGCCGGUUUCAGAGUUUAGCCUAAGUAGCGAAAUGGUAUUAAAGUUUUAAAAAGAUGAUGCUAAAUCAUUUCCUCCCCAUAAAACCGGCCCAUAGUGUUUAAUACACUACAAUUAAAAUACAUAGUUUAAAUAUACACUUGUAAAAUUUUAAUUUGUUAUUUUAAUGUUUUCUAAUAUUACUAGUUAAAUCUGUAUGUAUGUUUUAUUAUUAUAUUUUUCAAAUUUAAUGUUAUGAAUAAAAUAAUUGUAUUUCAUGCAUAAGUUUUAUGUUAUAUGUAAGUCUAAUAUAUACUACAUACAUAAUAAAUAUAUAUUUUAAGUUUACUUUUUUAAAAUUUAAUUUUGUAAUUAAAAUGCAAAAAGUUUGGCAUUGAAAUAUUCUAAAGAGAUUAUUAAGUAAUUGUGACAAAAUAAAUUUUAAAAUUAAUUUAUUUAA